AUAGCCGCUUCAGCUCCGAGAUACAUCUCCAACUCUCUGAUAUACCAAUGCAGGGGAUAUUUGGGAGGCACACCGAGAUACAGCUGCACUGCUACAGCGGGAAGGGAAUGUGAACUCCGGGGAAGAAUGAACAGGAUCGCCACGAUUGUCUGGCUGUUGCAGCUGUUGCAAAAAGCAGAGGGGCAGGUCUUUCCAGGCGGUUGUUCAUUUGAUGAACACUACAGUAACUGUGGUUAUAGCGUGGCAUUGGGAACCAAUGGAUUUACCUGGGAACAGAUCAACACCUGGGAAAAGCCUACAAUGGAUCCAGCUGUCCCCACUGGUUCCUUCAUGAUGGUGAACAGCUCGGGACGAGCAUCUGGGCAGAAAGCUCACUUGCUGUUGCCUACCUUGAAGGAAAACGACACUCACUGUAUCGACUUUCAUUACUACCUGUCCAGUAGAGACCGUUCGAGUCCUGGCUCUCUGAAUGUCUACGUGAAGGUUAACGGUGGACCUCAGGGCAACCCCAUCUGGAAUGUGUCGGGGAUUGUUACAGAAGGCUGGGUGAAAGCAGAGCUUGCUAUCAGCACAUUCUGGCCACAUUUUUAUCAGGUGAUAUUUGAAUCUGUCUCUUUGAAAGGACAUCCAGGGUACAUAGCUGUGGAUGAAGUCAGAGUCCUUGCCCAUCCUUGCCGAAAAGCACCUCACUUCCUGCGGCUUCAGAAUGUGGAGGUUAAUGUGGGACAGAAUGCAACGUUCCAGUGCAUUGCGGGGGGCAAGUGGUCCCAGCAUGACAAACUCUGGCUCCAGCAAUGGAAUGGAAGGGACACUGCCUUAAUGGUCACCAGGGUGGUCAACCACAGACGGUUUUCGGCUACAGUCAGUGUAGCGGACACUUCUCAGCGUAGCAUCAGUAAAUACCGGUGCGUGAUUCGCUCAGAUGGUGGCUCUGGAGUUUCAAACUAUGCAGAACUAAUAGUGAAAG